AUGACAGCCGCCAGUGGGCAGGGUCCCAGCGAGGCUGCCCCCACUGAUGCCAUCGAGCUGACACGGUAUAAGGAAGCAUCCGUGCCAGGAAACCUAUCCGAGGAGGAAAAAGCGUUUCUCUUCUGUUUCCCCUUGCAGAAGUAUAAGCUGGAAAAGAGCAUCAGAGAGCUGCACGCUAUUGCCGACCAAGUGGACGCGACCCAUAAGAUGCUCGCCAAGACCAGCCUGGUGGCUGGCGACGCCGUCUCUGGCGUCUUAAGCAUCUUGGGUUUGGUCCUGGUACCCGUGACAGUAGGGGGGAGUCUGAUGCUCUCCGCGGUGGGGCUGGGCCUGGGGGCAGCCGCUGCUGUCGCCAACAUGUUGACGAGUGUCUUAGAAAAUAGAAGCAAUAUGGCAGCCAGAGAAAGAGCCAGCAGACUGGUGCCUAUGGAAACAACGACGGAGUACAAAGCUUUUGAAGAAAUAAGGCUGUCUGAAAUCAGUGUUGUGUGCGUUGAUAGGUGUGUCAGACUCAUCAAGAAGGUCAAGGGACUUCGUGCCUCCCAGAUGGCCAAAGCCAACUGUGGCUUCAUGGCUAUAGGUCAUACGGCCAUAAGCCAUCUCCCCUUCUGGAGGGCCGGAGGGCUGCGGAGAGCAGCUGAAGGCUCAGUCCUGUCCGUGAGCAAAGGUGUCCGGGUGCUGGGUGCUGCUGGGGCUGGCUUGUCACUUUUGCAAGACGUGCAAAGCCUCCUGCAGAGCCGGAAGCCCCUGGAGGAGGGGGCGAGGGCAGAGACAGCCGAGGCACUGAGGACACUCGCCAAGGAGCCGGAGCAGGAGCUGAGGCAGCUCACCCAGCACCACAAGCUGACCAUCCAGGGGCGGGGCUGCCGAAGAAGCCUGUUCCCGAAGGAGGAGGAGGACUUUGGAGGUCUCCAGCCUCUGAGGCGACGGCGGGAUCCCCGAUCAUUCAGGGUGGCGGUUUCCAGCCAGGGCCCAGGCCAGCGUCGCCUCCCUCUUCACAGGAUCCAGAGGCCCAGCUCUCGCCCAGGCCGGCUGGGGCAGAACCCGCCGGGCGUGCAGCCCGGGUGUGCCAAUGGUGGUUCUGCCCUGCAGCUCGGGAUGGCGUCUUCCUGUGGCACCUUCAGUACAGUUUAUAUUGUACUGAAGUAUAUGCGGGCAGGUGCCCAGCGAGGCGGCAGAAAACCGGACACGAUUGAUGGUUCUCCGCCCUCCGGAAGCUCGGUCUGCUGGGAGGCCAGACACGAGCACCGUUCCCAGCGGAAGAUCCGGCUUCUCCGGGCCCAGUCUUCAAGUGGCACCCGUAAACACGAGACUGGGGCAGAGACAGAGGGCUUUGGUGCUCCUGGCACAGGGGACUGCGGGAGCCUCAGUGUCCCCGAGUCCCAUGGGCGUGGAGGGAGAGGUGAUAGGAGCCCGGAUGGAUGCCGAAGGUCUACGCUGCAGCCGGAUUAUGCGGAGGAUCCCCGUCUGGCUUAG